CCUCCUAGCUUCCAUUAAUUGAACACUCACUUCAAUCAAUUACUCUCUCAACUUGGCAUCUCUGAAUCAACUUUCUCAAUUGGCCAAUUUCAAUGGGCAAAGGCGGUGGCUGUGUCCCAAGCAAGAAAAAACUCCCCAGAGUCGUCGCCGGCGACGCUUCGAUUCCACUAGAAAACAACGCCACUCCCACCACCCAACCCAACGUCGCCGUUGAAUCCACUACCCACUCAGAACCCAUUUCAAAGCUCAGAAUCUUCAUUGUGUUUUACUCCAUGUAUGGCCACGUCGAGUGUUUAGCGCGUAGGAUGAAAAAAGGAGUGGACGGCGUCGACGGAGUCGAGGCGGUGCUGUACCGCGUGCCGGAGACGUUGUCGGAGGAGGUGCUGAAGCAAAUGCGGGCCCCACGUAAGGACGAUGAUAUUCCGGAGAUGGGUUCCGCGGCGGAGUUGUUGGAGGCCGAUGGGUUUUUGUUUGGGUUUCCGACCAGGUAUGGGUGUAUGGCGGCGCAAAUGAAGGCGUUUUUCGAUUCGACGGGGCAGUUGUGGAAGGAGCAGAGCCUUGCGGGGAAGCCUGCGGGGUUUUUUGUUAGUACUGGGACGCAAGGAGGAGGACAAGAGACCACUGCUUGGACUGCAAUCACCCAGCUAGCUCAUCAUGGAAUGCUAUUUGUUCCAAUUGGGUACACCUUUGGAGCCGGUAUGUUCAAAAUGGACAACAUUCGAGGGGGCUCUCCAUAUGGUGCUGGAGUCUUUGCUGGUGAUGGCACAAGAGAGCCGAGUGAAAUGGAGCUGGCCCUUGCUGAGCAUCAAGGCAAGUGUAUCGCUGAAGUAGUGAAGAGGCUUGCUCAGGCUUGA